AUAUCGAUUUUUGAGUUUCAUAGCUGAACGAUCAAGAGUGUGUGUGUUUGCUACCCGAAUUAUAAUCUAACUAUUUAUCAAAAACCACCAUGAACAGUUAAUAAUUUAGGUGUGUUUUGAUAAAUAGUAGAUGAUAGUUCAGAUAGGAAUCUCAAAAAACUGAAAUACUAUGUGUUUCUGUUAUUAUGUAACUUCUAUGCAUGUUUUUUAAGUUUCAUAGCUGAACGAUCAUGUGUAUGUUCGUUUGCUACCUGAAUUAUAGUCAACUAUUUAUCAAAACACGCCAUGAACAAUUGAUAAUUAGGUAUGUUUUGAUAAAUAGUUGAUGAUAGUUCAGAUCGGAAACUCAAAAAAUCGAGAUACGGUUAGGUGUAUUUUUGUUGUUAUUUAACUUAUAUGCAUCUGCUUCACAUUUCAAAAUCCAUGCAAUCGCCGAAAAAUUGCACGACGAUGACCAACGAAAAUAGGUUUUCGGGGCUGGCGGAGGUAGAUAUUAAAUAACGACAAUAGAAGAGCUAUUGAAGUAUCGAUUUAAGAAUAGGAAGCUUCUAGAAGAUGCACUUACUCAUUCUUCCUAUCCAAAUUCAUCUUCUAUAUUACCAGUACCUCGUUUUCAUUGGCGACGCCGCUCUAAGCUUAGCGAUUUCGAGCUAUUUCUUUGUGACUUAUCCUGAAAUCGACUGUGGUAAGCUUACUGAUCUUCGGGCUAUUAAUGUUAGCACGGAAAAACUUGCUAGAGUUGCUGUCCGGCAUGGACUUUACAACUACCUCUGCCGCGAUUCCUCAAUCCUCGAUGAAAAGGUGAAGGAAUUCGUGAUAGCAGUGAAACAGGAGGAGGAGAUGGAGUUCCAUGGAGGAAUGAUAAAAGCGCCAAAGGUUCUUGCAGACAUUGUGGAGGCAGUAAUGGGAGCUGUAUUUUUGGAUUGUGGCUUUGACGUGAAUGCUUUCUGGGUGAUCUUUAGAGGCCUGCUAGAGCCUAUCAUCAUGCUGAAUAUGUUGGAAGAACAACCUCAGCCUGUAACAAUGCUGUUUGGACUCUGCAAAAAGGAUGGAAAACAAGUUGACGUAGAACAUCGGAAAGAAGGAGAUAAAAACAUAGCUAGCGUCUAUCUUGAUGGACAAUUUAUUGCAUCAGCUUCUUCUGAGCACAAAGAAAAUGCAAAGCUUCAAGUGGCAAAGGCUGCUCUUAAGGAGUUGUAUUAUAACCCUUAUGAUAAGAUGGAUGUUGAAUCUGUUCCAUUGCAGAAAAAAAAGAUGGAUGUUGAAUCUAUUCCAUUUCAGAAAAAAAAGAUGGAUGUUGAAUUUGACCAAACAAAAGAGAGUGAAGGAGCAAAGCAGAAGCUGAACGAGCUUUGCCAAAGAGAGAAAUGGCCCAAACCAACUUACAGAGUAGAGAAAGAGAUAGGUCCUGCUCAUGACAGGAGGUUUAUAUGCUCUGUGCAAAUUGUAAUUGCUGAAGGCAUGCUUUUUUUGAUGGGAGACGAGAAGUCACGAGUAAAAGAUGCAGAGAAUUCAGCAGCCUUAGCAAUGAUCCGGAGUUUGCAGGAAUCCAAGUUCAGUUAUACAUAGUUCCAUGUUCCAAUUCCAGGAUGAAGCAGACAGCAGGGGACAGUGCAACUUGGAACUAAAGCUUACUCAGGUUCUCUCUCGAUUAAUGCAAUAAUCAUCUUUGGUUGCUGCAAAGUGAAUAUUCGAAGCGAUGUCAUAGCUCAAAGUUAAGAAAAUAGAUAACAGAAGAGAGUCACCAGUUAGUACGUGGUAGUGUAAAGACACCAGACCUAUACCAUAGCAGACUGAGCUCUGGCCAAUUCAGAUUAGAAUUUUACGAUGAAGCUUUGUAUAAAUACCAUAUAAAGAAAAUGAACCUUGGGCUAGAGAAACCCCAAAAGCUAACUCAUGAGGUGAAAAUUGCGCAA